AUGGGAAGUUCAGGUUUACCUCCAGGAUUCCGGUUUCAUCCUACUGAUGAAGAACUCAUCGACUAUUACUUGAAAAGAAAAGUCGAAGGUCUCGAAAUCGAGCUUGAAGUCAUUCCACUUAUUGAUCUUUAUAAGUUUGAUCCUUGGGAGUUACCAGACAAGUCUUUUCUUCCAAACCGGGACAUGGAAUGGUUCUUCUUCUGUUCAAGGGACAAAAAAUAUCCUAAUGGUUUUCGUACAAACCGAGGAACAAAAAGCGGUUAUUGGAAAGCAACCGGAAAAGACCGGAAAAUUACAUGUCGUUCAUCUUCUACAAUCGGCUAUAGAAAAACCCUAGUUUUCUAUAAUGGUCGUGCUCCGUUAGGCGAUAGAACCAGUUGGCUCAUGCAUGAAUAUCGACUAUGCGAUGAUGAGAGUUCAUCACAAGGUUCACAAAUUUUUAAGGGAGCUUUUGUGUUAUGCCGUGUGGCUAAGAAGAAUGAGAUCAAGAAUAACUCAAAAAUUCACAGAAUGAGAUCAGGAGAAAGUUCAGGUUAUUCAAGUCGAGUGACUUCCCCUAGUCAUGAUGGAGUGAUGCCGGUUCACUCAUUUGUCAAUCCGGUUUCUACUCAAACCGAUUCUUCCAACAUUUGGACUUCACCUGAUUUCAUUCUCGAUUCUUCAAAAGACUAUCCUCAAAUCCAAGAUUUUGCAUCUGAGUACUUUCAAGAAUUCGAAUUUCCGGUUAUGGGUACUCAAAACGUUGAUUUUCCAGAGAGUACCUUGUAUGCCAAUGUAGACCAGAGCAUGAACGAAGCGAUGCAAAGUGGUUACUGGACAAAUAGUUGGUACGAUCAAACCGAUUUACUCGGUCAAUCAGACUUCUCCUAG